AUCGAUUUCUCCACCUCUCCCUCAACACACAUUCACAUUCACCGCAAUGCCCUUCCAACUCGCCUUUGCCUCCUCCUCGGCCGCGUCCGACCACGCUCUCAUCAACCAUCUUGUCGUUUUGAUAAACGACGCCUACACAAAGUCCGAGGCCGGCAUCUGGGCUCCCAGCGCGCCCUUUUGCCGCACCAGCGUCGCUGACCUGCAGCACUGCAUCAACGCCUCGGAGCUGGUGCUCGCCUGGUCCGGCACGCUCGACGCAUCCACCGUGCUGGGCGCCGUGCGGCUACAGCGGCGCGACGUCCCUCUUAUCGCCAUGCUGGCCUGCGACCCGGCCGCGCGGGGCACCGGGCUCGGCACCGCCCUGGUGCGCUUCUGCGAGGACGAGGCCCGGGCGCGGGGGGCGUCGGCCGUCCACAUCGACCUGCUGACCCCGCGAGCCUGGGAUCACCCGGAAAAGGUCCGGCUGGCAGCCUGGUACGAGCGGUCCGGCUACGUCGUCAUACGCCGCGACCAGGCCGAGACUCACUACGCCGAGCUGGCGCCGAUGUUGGCGGGGCCGUGUGAUGUGAGGGUUUUUGAGAAGAGGCUGAAUUGAUUACAUUACGUCUGUCUCUCUGUCUGUCUGUCCCGUCUCCCCGUCUUCACUUAAACUCAUGGUCCACAG